GGCAUAUGUCUUGGCUUCACGUUCGGCCCCUAUGGGCCUAGAUCGAGACUCCAUUCUGGCACAUGGAGGUCCUCGACCCUGUAAGUGUAGACACCCUGAAAAGGGAAGCUUGAUACCUAGGUAGAGGUGUAGGCAGAAGAGAAGACGGAUCUGUUAACAACGGUCCUAGAUGAGCUAUAAAGCACCGUAGUGUUGCUGGGUCUGCUGGACAUUGGUAAAGUUCAUAUCUUCAACCUCCGGUCUGUUUUCCUUUCUGGUGACAUAGUGACUGCAGGUGGUGCCGCUCAUUACAUAAUACCCACUCGGAAUGAGGAGUUACACCACGGCUGUCCUCCUCCUGGGGUCAAGCCUUGUGCAAUGUGCCGUCAAUCUUGACGGCACCCAGGCCGUUGCCCCCGUGGGCGACGGCGACCCCUCGCCCAUCGGCGACAUCAAGACAUACGAGCCGGACCAGCACGACUGCCCACUUCCUUGUGCCCACCUUGAAAACGUGCACACUUGGGUCACCUACUUCUCGGUCAACCGGCUCCGGCGAUGCCAGCAGCCCAUGCUGCUGCAGUUCUCGCCCACCCAGCCGCUGGACGACCCGUCCACCAACGUGCUCAUCCGUGGCUGCACGUUCGGCGGCCCAGGCGGCGGGGAGCCUAUCACGUCGCCGGGCACCAUCAACUCCUCUUUUGCGACGACCGAGGCCGCAAGGAUGGCCAAUGAGACGGCCGCCGGCAUGGAGAACCCCAAGAAGUCUGACACUCUGUUCCAGUCUUCUCUGGACCGGGCCCCGGCGUGCGUGGCUCCGGGCGAGAAGGUCAUCAAGACUCUACCGGUUGCGACCACCAGCAGCGCCGACGGCGACGGGGCCAGCAACGUGGGCAAUGCGACGCGUCUGCUCGAGGCCAUGAGCACCUACUUCAACGCAACUGACAACUGUGACGAGACGUUCUUGUUCGGCUACUACAAGCAGACUAUCGCGGGCAUUUAUAUCGGCUCAGAUCUAGGCAAGCUCACAGUCGGUCCGGCCAUUGACGCUCUAGUCGGACGCCUGCAGGCUGACGGCCGCGUGCCCAACCGCUUGGUGACGCAGCUCUGCGAGACCGACAAGCCAUCAGGCGUGUUUGGUGUCGUUGUGGACAACAUGAACAACCUCGCCGCCGUCCAACAAACGGCUGCAGACUGGCACGCCGGCAAAUGCGCCGCUGAUGCCAAGCUUGUGCCGUCGGGCGACUUAAAGGCGGUGGCCAUCUUCGACAUUGUGGGGGCGGCUGGGCUCAACGACACUCUGGGGAACAACGAAACAUUGCACAACAAUACCACUCUGGCCACCCAGAGCAGAAGAAGGACAACUGCGCUUCUGGGCCAUAGGAAGCUCUUACACUCCCGCGACGCCUGCUCCUACAUCCAGGUGCAGUCCGGCGACACAUGCACGACGCUCGCGUCUAAGUGCGGCAUCAGGGGCUCCCAGUUCACGACGUACAACCCAACUAUAGACUGCGGCAACCCAUCAGCCCUGCAGCCCAACCAGUACGUCUGCUGCUCGGCCGGCGACCCGGGGGGAUGGAAGCCUGUGCCGGGCGAUGACGGAACAUGCGCCACACACCUCAUUGCCUCCGGCGACACGUGCAGCUCCCUGGCCCUCCAGUACGGCCUGACAGUGGACGAGAUCGAAGAUUUCAACAAGGGCAAGACGUGGGCGUGGACCGAGUGUAAGGACAUGCUAAUAGGCUACAACAUGUGUCUGAGCUCCGGCAACGCGCCUCUGCCGCCGCCGCAGGAGGGCGCGCAGUGCGGCCCGCUGGUGCCGGGGACGACACAGCCGACGGACGGCACGUCCAUUGCCGACCUGAACCCGUGUCCCCUCAAGGCUUGCUGCAGUAACUGGGGCUUCUGCGGGCCGUUCCCGGAGCACUGCGACAUCCACGCCCCCGAAGGCGGCGGCCCCGGCAGCAAGCUGCCCGGCUUCCAGAGCACCUGUGUGUCCAACUGCGGCAACGAGAUCAAGCAGAACUCGGGCCCGCCAGCAGACUUCGCCCGCGUCGGCUACUAUGAGUCGUGGAACAUGAACCGCGACUGCCUCUGGCUGCGGGCCGACAAGUCCAACACGGAUGGAACCUACACCCAUAUGCACUGGGGGUUCGGCGAGAUCGAUCCGGAAACGUGGAAGCCCUUCAUCAAGGACCCGCACGGGCAGUGGGAUGCCUUCAAGAAGCUCGAGCUCAAACGCAUCGUGUCGUUUGGAGGUUGGGCUUACUCGACCGAGCCGGCCACGUACAACAUCAUCCGCCGUGCCAUUAUCGACAACCGCGAGACUUUCGCCACUAACCUCGCCCAGUUCGUCAAAGACGAGGGGAUCGACGGCAUCGACAUUGACUGGGAGUACCCGGGUGCCCCCGACAUCAUGGUCGACGGGCAGCCGAUCGGGAAGGCCGGGGACGGUGUGGCAUACUUGCGGUUCCUGACCUCGCUGAAGCAGAAGCUGGGCACCGACAAGUCGGUUUCUAUUGCCGCUCCCGCGUCCUACUGGUAUCUCAAGGCCUUCCCCAUCGACCGCAUCUCGGCAGUCAUUGACUAUAUUGUGUACAUGACGUACGACCUGCAUGGCCAGUGGGACUACGGCAACGUCAACGCCUUCGAUUCGUGCCCGUCUGGCAAAUGCAUCCGCAGCCACGUCAACCUGACCGAGACGCGCAACACGCUGUCCAUCAUCACCAAGGCGGGCGUCGCCAACAACAAGAUCAUGGUCGGCGAGGCCAGCUACGGCCGCUCGUUUCACAUGGCUGUUGAUGGCUGUUGGGGCCCUCUGUGCGACUUCACGGGGACGCGCACCGAGUCGGACGCGAACCUCGGUCGGUGUACCGCAACCAAGGGAUAUAUCUCCUUCGCCGAGAUCAACGAGAUUAUUACGCAGGGGUCGUACUCGCAGAUGUUUCAUGACGGCGACUCCAACACGGACGUCCUGCUGUACAAGGGCGACUACGUCAGCUACAUGACGCCCACGACGAAGCUGACGCGUCGCGACGACUGGAAGGCCCUCAACUUUGCCGGGAGCAUCGACUGGGCCGUCGACCUGCAGAUGUUCGGCGACGACGACAUGAAGGCCCCCCUGGACCGCGGCGGCGACACGGGCGACGAGGGCUGUGUGUCGGGCGAGGACAAAACGACGAACUCGGGCGACCUAUGCGAGUUCACCUGCUCCAUCGGCUUCUGCCCCGAGUCGCUGUGCAACUGCGUCACGAGGGGUGAGAUGCUGCCAGUCCCGGCCGAGAACCCGGUCGAGGGAGACAUCAUCGCCUGGGACGAGACGGACGUCGACCUGAACCGGCUGUGCCGCUUCGCCUGCUCGCACGGCUACUGCCCGUCUGAGGUCUGCACGACGGCCGUGGUCGAUGAGGACGAGGACGGCGGCGUCAUCGAGGUCGGCUGGAGCCCCGAGAACCCAAGCUACUUCAACUACACCGAGGCGCGGCUCGCCAACGCCAACAGAUGCCUCAUCUACCAGAACGCCAAGCUGAGGGACGAGGCCCAAUUCCAGUGCUACUCGUACUGCAAGUCGGCGCUAGACGAGGCCAAGGAAGAAGGCCGAACCUCCAACUACGGCUGCGUCGGCUUCUUCUCGACCAAGGAUUACCCCGACGGCAUCCCCUGGGACAAGUACCCGGGCACCUCGUUCUACGUGGCUCCCGGCACCUGCUCGUGCGACAACUACCUGGUCAACGAGAUCGCCGACACGGUGCUCGAGGCCAUGCCCAUCAUCGCCCAGAUCAGCUGCUACAUGCUCAUGUCGUCGCUCAAGCUGGUGCUGGACGUCGGCGCAAGCCUGAUUCCCGGCGUUGGCAAGAUCCUGGACGCCGGACUCGACAUGGCCACCACGGCGGCCCAGAUGGCCACAUACCUGUACCCCGACGAGCAAGACCCCGAGGGCGCCUUCUCCUGGUGGCUCAGCCCGUGCGGCGGGACCGAGUUGGUGCCGGACGAGAUCAAGAAGAUCUUUGGCAUCCUCAGCUCGGUGGCGGACGGCGUGUCAAGCUUCAAGAAGCCUAAGACGCCCAAAGGCAGCGGCAAGAAGGGCGACGACGCGAACCCUAUCGACAGGUCCAAGCCCAAGCAGGGCACGGGGAGCGGCGCCAACGGGCUGGGCAAGACACAGCCGGGCAGCGGUGGCAUUCGCAAGAAGUGCAACGUGCCCAGGUCGCAGUCGACUCUGCGGGUGGGCGCGGCAAAGAACACCAUGCGCCGGCAGUCGUGCGUGGCUAGCAAGACGCAGAAGGAGGAGAUCAUCGUCACGUCAUUGACCUAUGGCGCCCGCGCCACCCAGGUGAAGGCGACUUGCAGCGCCGCCUGGUCUCAGGCUUGCUACCACUACAGCAGCGUCAUCCGUAACAACCAGGCCUGGGCAACCCUGACGUGCCCACAGGCGGCGGCCACCACCGCCCAUCGUCAGGACGCCAGCGCCACGGCCACCUGGAGCAGCCAGCACCGCGGCUCCGGCUGGAUCGACAAGAACAACCGCCAGUGGCCGCGCUGCGACCGCGACGAGUACCCGCCGGCCUACCUGCUGGACGACAACAACCCCGCCUUCGUCAACUCGGGGGUCGACCGUACCGGCCAGCUGGUGCGCUUCAUCCCGAACACAGAGAAUCAGAGGGCCGGCCAGAUGUGGAAGGGCGCCUGCUUUGGAAACACCCUGAAGGAGCUGUCCGACGCAAACUUCGACGCCGCCGUCAGCCGCGCCCCAGCGAGCGCCAAGCACGUCAGCCGCCCCAACUCCCAGCUACUGCGCACGUACGUGGCUAUCGGCGUCAACACGCACCCCGAAUUCACCAUCGCGUCGUACGGCCACUCCGGCAGCCCACCUGCCAACGACGGCCUCAACGACAACCAGUGCUGGCCCAGCGGCAUUGCGGCAGCCGACCCGGGCUACGCCUUGCUGACGUACGACCCCUACUACGACACACAACCCAUGCCGUACAGGUACGAUCAGGCGUACGUGCAGGGCACUAACGGGUCGUGAGCGUGUGACACUGUCUCUCGUGUUUCUUUUCUCGGGUGGAAGUGUUUCAUGGAAUGGAUACAACCUGAAAGCUUAGAUGAUCCCCUCGAUACAAAUCAGAUAAAUCCUUAGUAGCUUCAGUCUGCCAUCUA